AUGACGACGAUGGACCCUCAUCGCAAAAGGGCCUGUAGUCACAACCACUCCUUGUAUGGUUGUCGAUUCAUGCAGUUCUUGUCCAUCCACGAACGACAUGGUCAGUCCAUCCGGGCUGCAGAAGAUGUUGGCUUCCGCAUAGAUGAGUCAACUGUAUCCCCCCAGUUCAGUGGGGCCUCCCACAGACAGACUGCUGCUGCAGUCCUCCAACGGCCUAGAUCUCAACUUGGGAGGACCCCUGUGUCCACCAGCACGCGAACGUCCACCUUCAUGGAGAAACGGUUGACUGUGUUACCUCUAGACCAAGUCUCUGGACAUCUCCACUGGCGUGACUGCCAGCUUUCCAUCACAGCAGCACAGGUUUCAUGCCAGCAGGUCCCUUAUAACUGUGUCAUCAAGAGGGAAGAAGAGAAAUGUUUUGAGAUGAUGGCUUUGGAUGAGGCUGGGAAUGAUUCAGAAUUUGGGUGUCCAUGGAUGUGGGAUAACCUAACGUGUUGGCAACCAGCCAGCAUCGGUGAUGUGGUCGAGGUUAACUGUCCUGAACUAUUCUCUCAGUUAAUGAUUGAAGACUAUGAGGUGGGGAAGGUUCGGCGUAACUGCACAGAGUUUGGCUGGUCAGACAUGUUCCCUCACUACGCUGACGCUUGUUUAUAUGAAGAAGGAAACAACAGUCAUCCGCAAGACAUUUACUUGGUGCCAGUGAAGGCUCUCUAUACUGCAGGCUACAGUACAUCUUUAAUAUCCCUCACCACGGCCAUGAUCAUCUUGUGCAGGUUCAGGAAGCUGCACUGUACGAGGAAUUUCAUCCACAUGAAUCUAUUUGUGUCAUUCAUCUUGAGAGCUAUUUCUGUCUUUAUCAAAGAUGGUGUGUUAUAUGCCAAGGAGGACAGUGAGCACUGCUUCAUACAUACUUUGGAAUGCAGAGCAGUAAUGUUAUUCUUCCAUUACUGUGUCCUCUCUAACUAUUUCUGGCUGUUCAUCGAGGGUCUUUAUCUCUUCACCUUACUGGUGGAGACUUUCUUUCCUGAGAAGAGGUACUUCUAUUGGUACAUCAUCAUUGGCUGGGGAGCGCCUACCUUGUGUGUAACCAUCUGGGCGGUGCUAAGAGUGCAUUUUGAUGAUAUGGGUUGUUGGGACAUGAAUGACCAUGCUGCCAUCUGGUGGGUGAUUAAGGGACCUGUGUUGGCUUCAAUUAUGAUCAACUUUGUGCUCUUUAUUGGCAUCAUUAUCAUACUCGUCCAGAAACUGCAGUCCCCAGACAUUGGAGGAAAUGAAUCCAGUAUUUACCUGAGGUUGGCGCGCUCCACUUUGCUCCUGAUUCCUCUGUUUGGGAUCCAUUACACAGUUUUUGCCUUCUCCCCUGAGAAUGUCAGCAAAAGAGAGCGUCUAGUAUUUGAGCUCGGCUUAGGAUCCUUCCAGGGAUUUGUGGUGGCUGUCCUCUACUGCUUCCUGAAUGGAGAGGUGCAAUCGGAGAUCAAGAGGAAAUGGCGCAGCUGGACGGUGAACAGAUACUUUGCUGUGGACUUGAAGCACCGGCACCCUUCGCUGGCAAGCAGUGGCGUGAACGGGGGGACACAGCUGUCCAUCCUGAGCAAAAGCAGUUCCCAGAUCCGUAUGUCCAGCCUACAGGCAGAGACUCCGGCCAUCUGA